AUGUCCAAGCGACGGCAGCCACAACAAAUGCAGUCAGGUAAAUUGCAGCAGCAGGAGGGAUCGCGUGUUAAACGCCUGAAAGGGGCUUUUCAGCGAGGAUUAGUCGACACAUUAAAAGAUUCCAGUUAUCCCAAGUUAGCGAGUGCUUUUCCAGCACUGGCAGAGAAGGCUCCAGAUAACUUACAAGCAGCGCACGAGCAGACACAAGAGUUCGAUGCAAUAAUAGAAAAGUACGAUGUGGUGGCGAAGCUCAACGAGCUGGAUACGUUGAUAAACGAAGCAAUCGAAAACAAACGGAAUGGGCAUACACCGUCAGGCUCCAUAGUAGGCACCCACAUUUCCCCAGCAGCGAGAGUUCGAUCAAAAGCCAUGGAAGCUCGCUUACAAGAAAAAGCUAGAUUGCUAGAAGAACUUAAUAAAGUGGAAAGUGAUAAUACAAACCUAAAAAUCGAACUAAAGACGAAGAAACAACGGCAACGGGUUUUAGAGACGGAUCUAAUUAAUCUUGUAAAAGAAUUACAACAGGUUGAAGAGUUCCUACAACAAAAGUUAAUAGAAUCGGAACUCUAA